ACCCCCAUUUGUUCCAUUCUCUUCUGCAACAUCAUCCAUGCGUAACUUGAAGAGAGAAAAAAACAUUGAAUCUCAUUUCAUUUCAUUUUCAAAUUAUCCCAAUUUGAAUCUCAUAACUAUAAUCGAAAUUCUUGUUUGAGUAUAGAGAAGAAAGAAGAAAUGAGAGAUAUGGGUUCUUGUUUUGGUGAAUACGCAAUACAAGUAUCAGAGGCAUCAUGUUCAAGCUACUCCGGCAGCCUUCAAUCAUCAUUAUCAUCAUCAUGCCUCUCUUCAAAUCCAAAUACAAUCCCAUCCGUCCAAAAUGAAGUCACCUGCGUCUACAGAAUCAUUCCGUCCACACAAAACAAGCAUUUCACGAUCACAGCCACAUGGACCAAAACCAGCAUCCCACCUCAUCAUCAAGGUCUCUCCUUGACCUUCUCUUCCGAUCAUUCAAACACCUCAUCCUUCAAGUUCAACACAAUUUCAAGACUACUCAACAAGAACAAAAAGAAGAAGAAAGGAAACAGAUCUUUCCAAUUCGACAAUUCCCAGAUCAACGUCCUCUGGGAUUUCACCUCUGCCAAAUACGACAACAACAACCUAGGACCCGAACCCAUCAAAGGAUUCUACGUUUUAAUCAUCGUAGACUCCGAAUUGGGUUUGAGUCUUGGAGACAUGUCGACAGAGGAAUUAUUAGCUACGAGUAGUAAGAUGAUGAUGAAGAACAACAACAUGGUAGCUGCUAAAUGUUCUUUGAUUUCGAGAAGAGAGAGUUUUACAGGGAAAUCUGUUUGUGUAAGAAAGGCACAAUUCAGGGAGAAUGGAAGUAUGCACGAAGUUUGGAUAAGAUUUAGUAGAGAAAAAGAAGGUUUGAAGAGUCCAAUGUUGGUAGUUUCGAUUGAUAGGAAGAAUAUGAUAAGGGUGAAGAGUCUGCAAUGGAAUUUCAGGGGAAAUCAGACUAUAUUUGUCGAUGGUUUGUUAGUUGAUUUGAUGUGGGAUGUUCAUGGAUGGUUUUUUGAUUCGGAUAAUGCAGGUCGUGGGAUUUUCAUGUUUAGAACCAGAAGUGGCCUUCACAGUAGGCUAUGGAUGAUGGAACAACAAGAAGAAGAAGAACAGAAAGACAAGAUGAUGACGAUGAUGUUCAAGGAAUGAUGAACCAGAGAUGACAGACAGCAUGAUCUAUUAAGGAUUUAUUUAUUAUUAUUAUUAUUAUUUUAAAAGGAACUUCUCA